AACAGGGGAUUUCUUCGUGUGGGCGUCACCAGGAAGAGUUUGGUUACACUUUCCUGUAAUGGCGGACCAGACAGAGAGCGAAACUCUUGGGUUUAACGACAGCAGAAUGGCGCAGCAGGCAGCGCGGUUCCGCAGCCCUGCCCCUGCCGCAGCCCCUGCACCGACGCCAGCCCAGACCCCAGUUUUACGAGGCCCCCCGCCGCUCCUUAGGCCACCGCCUCCUCCGUUUGGGAUGAUGAGGGGACCUCCACCAAGACCCCCGUUUGCACGACCCCCCUUUGACCCAAACAUGCCACCCAUCCCACCACCGGGAGGCAUGCCACCACCCAUUGGACCUCCUCACCUCCAGAGACCCCCUUUUCUUCCUCCUCCCAUUGGCAACCUGCCACCUCCUCCAGGGAUGCUGUUUCCUCCGGGAAUGCCUCCUGUUCCUGCGUCUGGAAGCCCGGCUCUCACUCCUACAGAGGAAAUCUGGGUAGAGAACAAGACUUCGGAGGGAAAGACAUAUUACUAUAACGCCCGGACCAGGGAGUCGUCAUGGAGCAAACCGGACAAUGUGAAGAUAAUCCAGCAGUCUGAACUCAACCCUCUCCUGGUAGCGGGGGCUUCAGCUGGUGGUUCGGGGGCAAACGUGGGAGCGAGCGGGGCCGCUAGCAACAACAGCGGCAACACGGCCGCCAGCUCAGCGCCAGCCGCCUCCCCCACUCAGACCCCGGCCUCUACCCCAACCCACACGCUCACCUCCAGCGCAGGCCCCACCACCACCCCCUCACCCUCCGCGACCAUCGCAGCCACCGUUGUAGCAGACCUCCCUCCCGUCGCCACAGUGAGUUCGUCUGUUUCCGUGUCGCCGGUCACCGUGGUGACCGUUUCCACGGUGCCGUCACCUGUCACAGCAGUCCAGACGGUCCCUCUGCUGCCAGCGGCCUUGCCUCACAGUGUGGCCCAGCCCACUGCAGCCAUACCUGCCUUCCCACCCGUCAUGGUGCCACCGUUCCGGGUGCCUUUGCCAGGCAUGCACAUCCCGCUACCAGGUGUAGCAAUGGUGCAGAUAGUAGGUGCUCCCUGUGUAAAGGCAGGCCCCGGCGCCAACGGCAUGCUCCCUGGCAUGGGUCCGCCUUUAGUUUCCAUGAUGCACCCGCAGCUGACUCUUUCGCCGGCUCCCGCUUCCAUAGCCGGAUCGCUGCAGCUUCCCGAGUGGACCGAGUACCGGACAGCCGACGGGAAAACGUACUACUACAACAACCGGACGCUGGAGUCCACCUGGGAGAAACCGCAGGCUCUCAUAGAGAAAGAAAAAGAAGCAGAAAAGGCCAAAGAAAGGAUGUUGCAGGCUGAAGCUGAGGCGAUGGAGAUGGAGGAGGAGGAGCUCAAAAUGGCAAACGCUAAUAAUGAGAAGGAGGAACCCAAAGAGGAAGAGAUGACGGAGGAAGAAAAGGCAGCUCAGAAAGCCAGGCCUAUAGCCACCAACCCUAUACCCGGCACACCUUGGUGUGUGGUAUGGACGGGGGAUGACCGGGUAUUUUUUUACAACCCGACAACACGGCUGUCCAUGUGGGACCGCCCCGAAGAGCUGGUCGGUCGAUCUGACGUGGACAAACACAUUCAGGAGCCGCCGCACAAACGAGGUCUGGAGGACAGCAAGAAGACAGGUGUGGAAAAGCAUGCUUGUUUAAAAAAAAAUCCAGCUUUAACCUGUGACAAAAAAAAAUGCAAUUUUAGCAGCUUUUAUAUUAAACAAGUUAUUUCAAUGUGCUCAGGUGUCAAGGAGGAGCCAGAGGCAGCGAUGGCCACUGAAGAUAGCCCGGAUGAGGAGCCAAGCAAAGCCAAAAAGAGAAAGAAGGAAGAAGCAAAGGAGGCAGACACUGAGAAAGAGGCAGCCAUGGAGGCAGAGCUCCGAGCGGCCAGGGAAAGGGCUGUGGUGCCCCUAGAGGCCAGGAUGACCCAGUUCAGAGACAUGCUGCUGGAGAGAGGGGUGUCUGCGUUCUCAACUUGGGACAAAGAGCUUCAUAAGAUCGUGUUUGACCCACGCUACCUUCUGCUCAACCCAAAAGAAAGAAAACAGGUUUUUGAUCAGUAUGUGAAAACACGAGCUGAAGAGGAGAGGAAGGAGAAGAAGAACAAGCUCAUGCAGGCCAAAGAUGAUUUCAGGCGGAUGAUGGAGGAUUCCAAGCUCACGCCCAAAACAACAUUUAGCGAAUUUGCCAUGAAGCACGGGAGAGAUCCGCGAUUCAAGGCCAUCGACAAGAUGAAGGACAGGGAGGCUAUUUUUAUCGAAUUUAUGACCGCCAUGAGGAAGAGAGACAAAGAAGACUCCAAAAGCAGAGGAGAGAAGGUUAGGCAGGACUUUUUCGACCUCCUAAGUGACCAGCACGUAGAGGGCAAUCAGCGAUGGAGCAAAGUGAAAGAACGGCUGGAGACCGACCCGCGAUACAAGGCCGUGGACAGCUCGGCCCUCAGAGAGGAGCUUUUCAAGCAGUUCAUGGAGAAACAAGCCAAGAAUGUGGACAUUGAGAAGGAGCGAGAGCUGGAGCGGCAGGCUCGCAUCGAGGCCAGCCUCAGAGAGCGGGAGCGGGAGGUGCAGAAGGCCCGCUCCGAACAGACCAAAGAGAUCGACCGAGAAAGGGAGCAGCACAAAAGAGAGGAGGCCAUCCAGAACUUCAAAGCCCUCAUGUCCGAUAUGGUGCGCUCCUCAGACGCAGCGUGGUCGGACACCCGCCGCAACCUGCGGAAGGACCAUCGCUGGGAGUCGGCGUCUCUGCUGGAGAGGGAGGAGAAGGAGAAGCUGUUCAACGAGCACGUGGAAGCCCUGGCCAAGAAGAAGAAGGAGCAGUUCAGGCAGCUGCUGGACGAGACCAGCAUGAUCACACUGACAACUUCAUGGAAGGAGGUGAAGAAAGUCAUCAAGGAUGACCCGCGCUGCAUUAAAUUCUCCUCCAGUGACAGAAAGAGACAGCGAGAGUUUGAGGACUACAUCAAGGACAAAUACAUCACGGCCAAGGCUGACUUCAGAACCCUGCUAAAGGAGACAAAGUUCAUCACUUACAGGUCUAGAAAGCUGAUCCAGGAGUCGGACCAACACCUGAAAGAUGUGGAGAAGGUCCUCCAGAACGACAAGCGGUACCUCGUCCUGGAGUGCGUGCCGGAGGAGCGCAGAAAGCUGAUCAUGUUCUACAUCGAAGACCUGGACCGCCGCGGCCCUCCUCCUCCUCCCACCGCCUCCGAGCCGACGCGGCGCUCCACCAAGUGACCAGCUUCAUCGCCGUCAGGGCCGUGGUCCUACUCCUCCCCGCCCCUCCCUUUGGCCAGAGCAUGACGUCCCCCCCAGCACCUCCUGAACCCCAGCCUUCAGGCUGGCCUUGCAGUGUUAUUGCUGGGGGGCUGAAUUGCUUAGAGAUGAAUGGUUACGGUCUCUGUGUUUACGUCGCCUCCUCAUCCCGCAUUCACAGCUGUGAACGGAGGUCACCUGACCUCCUGGCCGCUGUUUACCUCCUACCUGUGAUGGAGAGAGGGAAGACGACGAGGCUGUCUGAGCAGCCACACAGAUGUAAGAUAGCCGAUGUAAAUGAAGACGCGUGUGCGAGGAUGAGUGUGGCGCGCGCAUGUUUAAAUAUGAGUAUACGUUGGAGGCGUCCUUAAGCCUUACAGCUCCACUGUGCCAGUCACUCCAUCUGCGGCGCAGCGCGAAUGUUAGUUUCAGCUCAGUGGUUUAUUUCAGUGUCGCAGCAGUUUCUCUGUUGAAUAAAAUAAAAGCAACGUCCACUGUUUUUCAAUAUGA